AUGAGAAUAAAUCAUGCCAACCUUUCGCGCGCAAUAAUAUAUGGGACAUCUGCUGUUCGGAUAUCUGAGCCAGGAACUGACGCCACGCACAGAUGGAAGGUCUACAUAAGAGGCUACAAAAACACAGAUAUCAGCUACUUUAUCCGAAGUGUUACAUUCAAGACACACGAAACAUUUGCAAAUCCGACCCGAACAGUAGAGACUCCGCCUUUUGAAAUCGAAGAGUGCGGGUGGGGGGAGUUCACUAUCACAGCAAAGCUAUACUUUGUGGAUACUCAUGAAAAGCCCUUUCAAUUCUCGAUCUCCCUCAAGCUCCACAGCGAGGCGAACAAUGGUUCGAUUGGGGAUAUUCCGCGUGACAGCGAUGCAAUUGUAAAUGAGAGACUGGACACAGUAGUAUUUGAAAGUCCAACAGAAAUAAUGUACAAAAUACUAAAGGAAAAAGAAGAGCCUGUGCUUGAUGACCAACUUCAGAAGGAUAUCAAUGAUGAGCAUGCUAGAAUAGAAGAGGCAAUCGACUAUCUUAUAAAGAAGCUAAGCGAUGAGCCUUCCGUGUAA